GUUACGAUCAUCGUUAAUAGGAGAGUUUUAUUUACUUCGUUCCUCCCAACUAAUUCUCUGCAGUGAGACUUCUCAGUCCCCAGGUGAUUAAUCGGUAGUUCUCAGCUAUGGCGUCAUCUGACAACCCAGAGGUUGUUGAGAGGGAGGUUAAGGAGAAGAAGCACAAGGAUGAAGAGAAGAAUGAGGAGAAGGGUGGCUUCCUUGAUAAGGUUAAGGAUUUCAUUCAAGACAUUGGCGAGAAGAUUGAAGAGGCAAUAGGGUUUGGAAAGCCAACAGCAGAUGUUAAAGGGGUUCACAUUCCUUCUAUCAAUUUGCAUAAGGCAGAAAUUGUUUUUGAUGUGCUUGUUUCGAACCCAAAUCCUAUUCCAAUUCCGCUAAUAGACAUUAACUACUUAAUAGAAAGUGAUGGGAGGAAGCUUGUGUCUGGACUGAUUCCUGAUGCCGGAACUAUCCAUGCUCAUGGUUCAGAGACUGUGAAGAUACCAGUAGUAUUGAUUUAUGAUGAUAUCAAAAAUACUUAUGAUGAUAUCAAGCCUGGAAGUAUCAUCCCAUAUAGGGUCAAGGUUGAUCUCAUAGUUGAUGUACCCAUUAUUGGAAGACUUACGAUUCCUCUGGAAAAGAAAGGUGAGAUUCCUGUGCCUUACAAGCCUGACGUGGAUGUUGAAAAGAUACACUUUGAGAAAUUCUCCUUUGAAGAAACUAUUGCAACUCUUCACCUGAAAUUAGAGAACAAGAAUGACUUUGACCUAGCACUUAAUAAGCUGGACUACGAAAUAUGGCUAUCUGAGAUGAGCAUUGGAAGUGCUGAGCUUAACGACUCGACGAAGUUUGAAAAGAAUGGAAUCAGUAAGAUGCAGAUUCCAAUAGCUUUCAGGCCAAAGGAUUUUGGAUCUGCUCUAUGGGACAUGAUAAGGGGAAGGGGUACUGGUUAUUCGAUUAAAGGGAACAUUGAUGUAGACACUCCUUUUGGGGCAAUGAAAUUACCCAUUACUAAGGAGGGUGGAACAACUCGCCUCAAGAAAGGGGAAGAUGAUGAUGGAGAGAUGGCUCCUUAAUCUUGUCCGUUAUUUCUCAUUGCGAAGUUUCAACUUUCAGAAAUAUUUGUGACUCAUUUGUUGAAAUAGUUCUCAAAGAUGUUUAGGACACUUUGAGGACUAUGCACAUCCAUUAGUUCUUGAAGUUCCCACCAUUUAACAAAAAAAAUUUGCAUGCUUCAAUUUCUCCAUGUAGAUUUUUUAAUCAAUUAAUCAAAUACUGCUUACAAGUUUGCCCAACAGAGGUGUUGAGAUCAUAUGUCAGGCCGAGCCACUUACUGGAGUUUUGUCAACUGAAAUUAAAACUAAAAUGAUGGAACUAAACAAAUCAACUGAUGAAGUUGUUA